CAUCCUUCUCUCUCUCCUUCUCUCUCUCCUCUCUUCCAUCUUCCUUCCCUCCAAUCUCCAUCUCUCCUAAAAAUCUAACAUUUCUGGGUCAGGGUCUCUUUCAUAUUAAACAGCCAUUGCUAUAUUUUAUUUUCUUCAGUUUUUUCUUUUGUAGAGUUUUUUCAUCUAAAAAUCCAAUCUUUGGUCCAUUUCUGUAUCUGGGGUAUUCCCAUAUUUUGCCUUUGUAAUAUUUUCUUUUGAAUUUGAUCCCUUUCAUUGUCUUUUCAUAUAAAAAUCCAAUCUUGGUCCUUUUCUCUUGUUUUUAUUCUUCUUACUCUGAAAAUUUGGAGUUUUUUUGACAAAUUAUAACAACCAUUUUGGUGUUUUUUGUAGUAUAAUAUAUAUCAAAAUUUGUUACUUCUCAACACCCAUUGACCUAGAAAAGUCAAUUCUUAUUAAUUUGCAGCCUUUUGCAAAUGUUUUAUGAUAACCCAUAUUUCUUUGGUUAAUUGAACUUAUACCAUUCUUGAUCACACAUUUGUAUUCAAUAAAAAUUUGAUCUUUUCUUAUUUUUCAAUCAGUUUCUUGUUAAAAUUUUCAACUUUUGUUGGUGGGGUUAUGUGAUUUUGUAUUUUUUUUUUUUUUGGGAAAAAAUAUGAAGCUUUUAGUAAGAGUAAUUGAAGCAAAGAACAUACCAGCAAUGGACCCAAAUGGAUUUAGUGAUCCAUAUGUGAAAUUAUCAUUAGGAAAACAGAAGUUUAGAAGUAAAGUAGUGAAAAAAUGUUUGAAUCCAUCUUGGUGUGAGGAAUUUGCCUUUAGAGUUGAUGAUUUGAAAGAGGAGCUAAUUAUUUCUGUUUUGGACGAAGAUAAAUAUUUCAAUGAUGAUUUUGUUGGACAAAUUAAAUUUCAAGUUUCUCAGGUUUUUGAAGCUAAUGAUAAGUCACUUGGUACUGCUUGGUAUACUUUGCAACCUAGGCAUAAGAAGGCCAAAAAUAGAGAUUGUGGUCAGAUUCUUCUCACAAUAUGUUUCUCGCAAAGCAAUACAUUGGCGGACUUGCAGUCCGCUGGUGAUCAUGGACCACCGUCGAAGAGGUUGUCUGAUGUGGCAACUGAACCUCCUUCUUUGUCUUCCAAUGGCCCCUUGAGAUCAUCUUCUCCUCUGAGAUCCGAAGAAGCAGCCUCUUCUAAGGAGGAAAAGCCUCAGGCGCAGACCUUUGCUGGUCGGCUUGCCCAAAUUUUCAACAAGAAUGGGGAUGCAGUAUCCGCGACUAACGUGAAAGCUCCAGAUAUAACAGUGACACCUGAAAGUGCCAGUACAGCAGCUUCUGAGAAUGCGCAAGAGGAACAGUCCACAUCGGGAAACUUUCAAGAACUAAUUAAAAGCAUGGAGGCAAGAGAACAAGGAAGCGAAGUUUCAAACCUUCCUGGAGUAGUAGUCGAUCAAUUGUAUGCUAUUGCCCCGCAUGAGUUGAAUUCAUUCCUGUUUUCACCGGAUUCAACCUUCUUUAAAUCCUUAGCAGAUAUUCAGGGAUCCACGGAGUUGCGUAUUGGACCUUGGAAACUUGAAAAUGGUGGUGAGAGUUUAAAAAGAGUGGUCACUUUUACCAAAGCUGCAAGUAGAUUGGUCAAGGCUUUAAAAACUACAGAGGACCAAACGUAUCUUAAAGCUGAUGGGAAGUCUUUUGCUCUUUCAGUUAUUGUGAGUACCCCGGAUGCCCCAUAUGGAAGCACUUUCAGGACAGAAUUGCUUUACAACAUUACUCCUGGUCCUGAGUUGCCUUCGGGAGAACAGUCUUCGAGGUUAGUAGUGUCGUGGCGCAUGAAUUUCUUGCAAAGCACUAUGAUGAAAGGCAUGAUAGAAAAUGGUGCACGGCAAGGUAUUAAGGAGAGCUUUGAGCAGUAUGCAAAUUUAUUAUCUCAGAAUGUAAAGCCAGUUGACGCAAAGGACAUAGGUUCAGAGAAAGAACAGGUUUUGGCAUCUCUAGAAGUGGAGCACCAGUCCGAUUGGAAGCUGGCUUUCCAGUAUUUUGCUAAUUUUACUGUAAUAUCAACCUUUUUCAUUGGGAUAUAUGUGUUUUUGCACAUCUUGUUGGCCAUGCCUAGCACAAUACAGGGGCUUGAGUUUGUUGGUCUUGACUUACCAGAUUCUAUUGGUGAGGUAAUUGUGUGUGGAGUGCUAGUACUUCAAGGAAAACGGGUGCUGGAGCUGAUAUCACGCUUCAUGCGAGCUAGGGUACAAAAAGGAAGCGACCAUGGUAUCAAAGCACAAGGAGAUGGUUGGCUGUUGACUGUUGCCUUGAUUGAAGGAAACAAUUUGGCAGCUGUUGACUCAAGUGGCUUCUCUGACCCAUAUGUGGUGUUUACAUGCAACGGGAAAACUAGAACCAGCUCAAUCAAGUUCCAAAAGUCUAAUCCCACGUGGAAUGAAAUAUUUGAAUUUGAUGCAAUGGAU